UUUUUGUGCAAAACUUUAAAGCAUUUAUACGUUGGCUCUGAAGCUUACAAUUCAAUCGUUGCUUCUCUUUGUUUCACAAUUCAUUCAUUCGUUUGAAUAUUUAUUUCAUUUAAACUUUGAUUCAAAAAGUUCAUCACAUUUGGGAUAAACGAUGGAAACGAAGAGUGGAAGUAAAAGCGGUUCCAAAACCAAUCUCAACGAGUCAUCGGUUCCUCUACUGGAGGAGAAGGAGGGAAAGGCAGACAUUCCCGAGAAUAUCGAAUUGGAGGCCAAGAAUGAGAACAACGACGACAAGAACAAGACUAAGGACUCUAAAGAUAAGAAGAAGAAGGAGAAGAAGGAGAAAGUGAAGAAAGAGUCGGCCAAACGAUCGCUUGAUAUCUGCGCCCAAAACUUUACUUUCGGUUUGAAUGUAUUGGACAGAGACGAGAAGCACGUCAACGACCACAUCAACAUCCUCUUUGAAGACGUCAUUGGAGAGCCCGACCCCACCCAUGGCUUUGAGUUUGUCUGGAGAUUAACUUAUUUGCUGUUCAACGCCACCCGCUUCUGGUUAUAUCGAAUCAUUGCCGCCAUAAUCGCCAUCCCUUUGGCACUGCUUUGGGCCGUGUGGAGUGGACUCAUUCGCUGUGUUUUGGAUCCAUUCUUUACUUCGGGGGCACUUCUGUUCAAUAAUAUCAAUCGUCGACAAAAUCCAACCGUCGACUCAACCCCUGCUUAAGCCAUCGGCUAUUCUUUGCUUUCGAUGGCAUUGAGACCAACGAAGAAAUGAAGAAAACUACCUUUCAAUGACAUUGUAAUCACUUUGCAUUCCCAAU